UAAUUACUAAGAUUUCCCUACACACCGAAUUCCCCGAAACAUCCUUCCAAGAACCCUAUACUUUCCAUCUUCUUCUUCAACCUCUCUUCCUCUUUCUUCACUCUCCGAUCUCUCAUGGCUGACCCCUCCCGCCCCGUCACUGGCUACCCUGCCUACCCCAACGGCCGACCACCUCCGCCCCCCAAUUCUCACCCUCAGGCUCAAGCUUAUCCCUACGCUGCUCCUCCUUAUUCCUAUCCUACCCAAUACGCCAACCCCUACGAUUCUACCCAUCACAAUGCUCGCCUCUCAUUUCUUCGAGCCCUUAUUGCUGGAAUUAUCGUCGUCUUCAUCAUCACUGCUGUUAUUCUUUUCAUUAUCUGGCUUGUUCUCCGUCCCCAACUCCCUGAGUUUCGUGUCGACUCUUUUCAAGUUACCAACUUCUCCACUGCUGCUAAGACCCUCUCCGCCUCUUGGUUCAUUGGUUUUUCCGUCUUCAAUCCUAACAAGAAAAUGACCGUUUCUUACGACUUUAUCGAUUCCACCCUUUUUUACAAUAACGAGUUCCUUACCGACACCCGAGUCCCUCCAUUCGCCCAGGAGAAGAAGACUCAAUCGGUUGUUAAUGCUUCUUUCUCCGCUCUUUCUGCUUACGUCGAAGCUUCUUCUCUGAAUAAAAUUAAUGAUGACCGCCGACGAGGGACCAUCAAAUUCAAUGUAGGGAUUUCGGCUCGUGUUGGGUUCCGAGCAGGUUGGUGGAGGACCAGGAGGCGAUUGCUUAGGGUGCUUUGCGAGGACCUCUCGGUUAGCUUCUCGUCGUCGAAUAGCAGCGGUUCCGGUAAGUUGAUAGGUGAAUCAAGAGCCUGCAGAGUCGGCAUAUGAGUGAUUUUCUGCUUUUAUAGUUAGCUCUUGAUUUAAUACCACUUAACCCCAUGUUUAAAAGGGAUUUAAUUUUACAAAAAAAAAAAAAAAAAAAAAAAAAAGAGGAAUUCAUGUAGGCGUAAAUGUACAUGGAUUUUUUAGGCUAUGAGUGAGUUGUAGUACUAGUCUUUAAGUGGAGGUUGUAUAGUUUAUAAUACAAUUUUUGCUAUCUGAUUCUGAUGUUGAUUUCUUAUCUCCUCUUUCUUGGAAUAAGGUAAAUGGUUUCUUCUUCUUUUAUUGAGAUGUAUCAAUCUAGGAUCCUGAACUGAGGGAACUGUAACGAAGUUAAGAAUUUAUGUUUGUGUAUGCAGGCAGGAUAUGGACACCAUUUUUUUUGUUU